AUGGCUGAAGGGUCAGAAAAACAAGGCGACACCAAAAAUCUGGAUAAUGUUGAGUCCAGUCAGGGGGGGACUGAUACGGGAGAUGACGAUGACACUGUCGAAACUGAAUCGGAGGAGGAUGAGGAUGAAGAUGAAGAAGAGGAGGAGGAGCCCAAGCUGAAAUAUGCUCGAAUGACAAGCCAUCUUGGUCCAGUCUAUAGGAACGGAGAUGCUACAAGUACUUUCCUGGUUGCUGGCGACAAGAUGUUUAUUGGCACACAUAAUGGAAAUAUUCAUGUGUUAUCACUGCCUUCGUUCAAGUCGAUUCGAACCUACCAUGCCCACUCCGCUUCUAUCACGAGCAUAUCCAUAUCCCCCUUUCCUCCUCCGUUACCUACAGCGGUUCCUGAAGCUGUGCAACGCUUUGCAUCGCGAGUGCACCCGGAUGCCGCAAACACACCGCAAAGAGCUGCGUCAAUGGCAUCUCAGACCUCUACAAAUACAGCUCGAAGUCCUGGAAGUCCAGCAGUACCAAAAACUCCCUCGAACGCAAUCUACAUUGGAACAUCUUCUGUCGAUGGGAAGGUCUGCAUAGCAUCACUUGUUGAUGCAAAAGAUGUGCAGUUGAGAGAUUUUGCAAGACCUGUCCAAGCUGUUAGUUUAUCGCCGGAUUACAAAAAUGACCGCACAUACAUAUCGGGGGGAUUGGCAGGGAAUCUUGUGCUUACCGUUGGCGGCAAAGCUGGGACAAGCUCAACAUCUACUACAACCGGAAGUGCAGCGGCUACUGCCAGUGGAUGGUUAGGAACCAUUGGUUUAGGAACACAAACUGGGAAGGAUAAUGUGUUACACGCCGGAGAAGGCACAAUCAAUACCAUCAAGUGGUCCUUAUCAGGAAGAUAUGUUGCAUGGAGUAAUGAGCAUGGUAUCAAAAUCAUGCGAUCUCAUCUACAACUGGAUGGUGCGGACACCGAAUCUGCUUGGAAGCGCAUUGGGCACAUAGCUCGCCCAGAUGGGGAACAAUGGGAAGACAUGGCUAGUGUUUGGAAAGCUAGGGUCGAAUGGAUUGAUGAAAAAACUCUUGAAACAGAUGAAGAUGAUAACGCUCGCGAAGCAUCAACUGCAUCACCUGCCACAGCUAAACUGAGACUGCAAGCCUCGAGAGAUAAAUUACGAAUUGAAAAGUUGGUCGUUGGAUGGGGGGGCACAAUCUGGAUGAUUAAUGUGCAUCCUGGUGGAACUGGGGUUGGAAAAGAUGUGGGAGAGCGUACAGUUGGUAGCGCUGAGAUCAUCAAAAUGUUACGGAUGGAUUGCAUUAUUUCUGGAUUAUCGUUAUAUACCCCGACGUUACUUGUUGUGCUUGCUUAUGUUAUGCGUGAUGAAACCGAGGAUGAGGAAUCUGUCACACCUAAGGGACAUAAAUCCCAGCCAUCCACAGCGUCAACUGGCAGCGAACCGAGUGGUGGAAUACGACGUCGACAAGAUGCACGAUCGCCAGAACUUCGUCUCAUUGAUCUCGGAACAUCCCAAGAAGUCGAUACGGAUGGCUUGACUCUCAGUCGCUAUGAAAGACUUUCAGCUGGUGAUUACCAUUUAUGCGUGCUACCUGCGGCUCGAAAUCAACCAAUCGUUCAAACAUCCCGAGGAACCCUGGAAGCCUUGACUGGAAUGGGCAGUGGUAUGUGGAAUGCUACAAUCAACGCUACAGCACUGCUCAGUUCAAGUGCAAGUGUGAUUAGCAAUGGUAGUACAGGCGAUGGUGAUUCGAAGCACACCUCCAUUAAAUCGAAACUUGCUCAUCACAAUCGUGCCUCUGCUGCUCAUCCUCACACCAUUACACCAGGGAUGAAGAUCUUUAUCCAAAGUCCAUAUGACUGUAUCUUGGCAACGAAGCGAGAUUUGUCGGAUCAUCUCGCAUGGCUGUUAGAGCACGGGAAACACCAAGAAGCCUGGGAAUUAAUCGAUGAUCAUCCUGAAGUGAUCUCAUCCUCUCCCGAGAAGCUUUCUGAGAUUGGCCCAGGAACUCCUGAUCGAACGCGGUCGAGUAGUGAUGACUUCUACGACAAUGAAAGUGUAACCAUCGAAUCUGCAAGUCGCUUGAUUAAUUCAUCCGUGGAAAAAGAGAAACGUAGAAUUGGUGAACUUUGGAUUCAGUCCCUGAUUGAAAACGAUGACUGGGCUGCUGCAGGCAAAAUCUGUGGUAAAGUACUAGGUACAUCGGAGCGGUGGGAGCAUUGGGUCUGGACAUUUGCGGGAAAGGAUAAAUUCGAUGAAAUUACCAACUUUAUACCGACGGCACAGAUUACGCCACCACUACCGUCGACAAUCUACGAAGUUGUACUGGGGCAUUACAUAACCCACAACUUACCACGAGUCAGAGAAUUACUCGACCAGUGGUCGCCUGACUUGUUUGAUGUCAAGGCCGUAGCGACAGCUCUAGAAAACCAACUCAAAUACCGUGAUGUCCGACAAGAUAGUGUAGAAAAUGGUGAAACUGGUAGAGAUUGGCGAAUAGUCAUGGAAAGUCUAGGGAAGCUCUACGUGGCUGAUGGUCGAGCUCGCGAGGCCCUGAAAUGUUACAUCAAGCUCCAAGAUGCAGACGCCGCUAUGAGUCUUAUUAAGCAAUAUCAUUUGGUGGAUGCAAUCGCGGAUGAUAUCCCAAGCCUCAUCAUGCUGCGCGUUUCGAAUGACCAGAAGCGACAUGCUCCUAUCUCAGAAUUAAGAGAGGCUACCUCCGAAGCUAUACAAUUACUUGUUGAUGAGGCUCAUCACGGUCUCGUUGGGCCCCAUGUUGUCGUGGAUCAGCUAGAAAAGAUGCCAUUGUAUCUCUUUUUCUACGUUAGCUCGCUCUGGAAAGGCGAUGGUAUAGAUGAGAUCCCAGGCGAGAAUCGCGAUCGUUUAUUGGCAGAGAGCAAAUCACUCGUCGACGGCCUCGCCGAUUUAGCUGUGGACCUUUUCGCAACGUAUGAUCGCGAAUUACUUAUGGAAUUUCUCAAGUCAUCUACCUUUUAUACUUUUGAAAAGGCGACACUUGAAUGUGAAAACCACUCAUACAUCCCAGAACUCGUUUAUCUCUACUCCAAGACUGGUCAAACAAAACGUGCUCUCUAUCUCAUUAUUGAUCGUCUCGAAGAUGUCUCACAAGCAAUAUCAUUUGCCAAAUCUCAGAAUGAUGCUGACCUUUGGGAUGACCUUCUCGAGUACUCUAUGGAUAAACCCAGAUUUAUCCGUGGACUCUUGGAAGAAGUUGGAACGGCAAUCGAUCCAAUCCGACUGGUUCGAAAAAUCCCCGAGGGUCUAGAGAUCGAGGGUUUAAGAGAAGGCCUAAGUAAAAUGAUCAAGGAAUAUGAAAUUCAAGAAAGCAUCAGCCAAGGAGUAGCAAGAGUAUUAAGAGGAGAAGUUGCAAUGACUCAAAACACUCUUCGAGUCGGUCAACGUCGUGGCGUCAAAUUCGAUGUCGUAGAACAUGAAUUCGAGGUGAAAAAAGAAACUCAACAACUUCCAGUAAGACGAUUACCCAAGCACAAGCCUGCAAAUUGCAUUAGUUGCAAAAGCGCUUUCUACGAAGGCGAGAUGGAAACACUUGUCGGGUUCGCAUGCGGUCAUGUAUGGCACUUGUCCCAUUUGUUAAAUUAUGGCAAGAACGAAGAUCAAAUUCGUCAGUCAGCGGAUGCGGAAAGACAUCCCACCUAUGAUGGGUUUGGUGAUGGGGAUGACGACGAGCGCAGGUAUACGAAUGUGCAUAGCAUUGGGACCAAGGUUACCAGGGCGAGGUUACUACGGGAUAGAAUUAGAGGUGGCUGUCCAGUUUGCAAAGGCAAAGGAGAUGAUGCUUAUGCUUGA